AUUAAAAAUUUAUUUGAAGGUGAACUGAUAUACAAUCUAACCAGCGUUUAUUUAUAAAAACAUUGCGGUAUCAUUUGUGCGGAUCUUCAUAGAUUGCGGACGUUUGGUUUCCCCGCGCAGUACAUUCCUCUGAUGACGUUUUAUCGCCCUUGCACAGACGGCAAACGCGCCAUUUUAUUAAACAGUUAGAACCAGACUCGAUAUUGUAAUGAUACGAACACCGACAUUAAUAGCAUGUUCUGUGUAUUUUUCUCGUUUUGAAAGCAAACGUACACUUUUGUAAAAAAUUAAAAUCAUCGUUUCGGACCAGUUGCCUCGGUUGCUUCCAACGUUAAUUGCUGAUAAGUUGAUGCGCUAUAAUUUUGACCUGCUUUUUUGCACAUCAGAUCUAAUCAAUUAACCAAUUUUUCAUACGUGAGUUUUAUUCGGAGUGGUAUGUUUAUGUUCCAGAUGAUCUCGCGAAAUUAAAUUUCGUGGAUGUGAUUUUGUGACUGAAAAAAAAAAUAAGGUUAAGAACACUGGUUAUACAUAAUAUACCUGGUAAGAUUUUAUCAUGGCAACAACUAUGAAACAAGAAAUAAGUGAGCCUAAUAAAAGCGAAUUUCACAAUGGGAAGGAAGAAUUUCCGAACUUGGAUAUUUCUGCAUUUGGAGAUGGAAUUCAAUCAUGCAGUGUUAUUUCCUUAGAAGGUGGCCUUUUGACAGAUCCAGAUACUUGUGGUUUAUGCGGAGACCGAUUGACUCUGCCACGAGUACUUUCUUGUCUACAUGUUUUCUGUGAACGCUGUUUAGAUAAAGAGCUAAUAGAUGAAGCAGGAGAUUCUGGUUCCCCUGAAACAACAGUAACAUGCCCCACCUGCAACCAGGAUACCAAGGUUGGCAACAAGAAGUUAGCUGCCCUGCCCAUGGACGUGACCACCAUUAAUGUUUUGGAUGUUUCAAACGCAUCAAGUUUGCAAUGCACCAGCUGCACAUUUAAAGAGGUGGCAUUGUCGCGUUGCUGCACUUGCCACAACCUACUAUGUUACAAUUGCGAUAAGGCACACCGUUUCAUGCGCUGCUUUGAGCAUCAUACAGUCAUCUCACUCGAGGAUUUACGCAAGGAUGGCAAGAAAAUCACUGUGCACAAGCCUCUUACAUGUGAUUUGCAUUCAAACGAGCAUGUACUCUUUUAUUGUUCUACCUGCGACAUGCCCGUUUGUGGAGAAUGUACUAAGACUGAACACAAGCAAAAUGCAGGACAUCAAUGUGAAAGCAUCUUGGAUUCUGAGGUGCGUGUUCGUCAGGAAAUCGAAGGCAUGUUGAAAGAGAGUAAAUUGAAGCUCGAGCAGCUUGGUAAAACUUCUGGUGAGGUUCACACUUGCUUAGAAGAGCUCGGUCAUCAACGUAGCACCGCAAAAGACCUUAUUAAUGAAUCAUAUCAAAGUUACAAGGCGCUUUUAGAACAAUGUCGUGAUGAUGCUUUGAAAGAGUUGCGUGAUCUCUAUCAGGAACGUGAAUUGAAGCUGAUGGAUCUUACUGAGAAAGUUGGACGCAAUUCGAGUCUGCUUGAGGAUGCUUGUAAAUUUACGUCCCGUCUACUUGAGAACGGCACUAUCGCAGAAAUUAUGUACCUGCGCAAGACAGUUGGCAACCAGUUGGCCAAUCUUAAUGGAAAAACCCCGAGGCCCGAGAAAGGUGGUUAUUCGAUCGAAUUUCGAACUGAUUUCGAUGAAUUCAAAAGAACUUUAAAAGGAAUUUUUGGCAAGUUUCAUACAGAAACAUGUAACGGUAUUGAGAACGACAUUAAGAAUGGAAACCUAUCAACCUCACCAACUAAUUCGGCUAUUAGUCUGCCACCUUUAGUUACAAAUGGUACAUUAUCGAACGGUUCCACAACAAUUAGGUCCCCGGUGCCAACUACUAGUCCCACAAUGGCUCUUGCACCGCCGCCAUCAACAACUGCGGCAUCAUCAUUUGAUGGUGAUUUGGCUGCCAGUCUUCAAAAUCUAUCUCUGGCACAAGCUGCGGCGGCCGCUGCUGCGGCGGCUGCUGCUGCGGCUUCCAGUCCGCCAGCUAGUGCUGCUCCACAGGCGCCAAUGACUCCUACUGAUGCUGCUCUCCAAGGUUUCUCGAGCAUCGCCGAAUACAACAUUGCACAGUUGGCAACAAUUGCAGAAAACAACGCGGCCGCAGCUGCCGUAGUUGCAAAUGUGGCUGCUUCUCCUCCUCCUUCUUUUACCACCCUUGCUGACCUAUUUACCACUGAUACAGCGUACAAAAACCUGGCGUCGCUAGCGAAACUGGGACUGGCAAAUUCGACUGAAAAUGCCAUUUCAAACGGUAACAUAUUGAUGCGUUCGAACUCGCCUGGCUCUCUUAACAUCCCGAACACGCUGAUGAACGGUUUUAGCGGCGUUUCAUCCACGUCUCCUUUAAUGACGACGGCAGAUGAAAUGAUGGCUGAUCCACUAAACGCAAUAGUGUCGCAACAAGGUAACGCAGCAGCUGCAGCUACCGCUGGUCCUCCAAAUACAGUUAGUGGAGUGGGACCUUUGGUGACUCGUAGCAAUAAGGUCAGCCCUAUGCAGAUCCGUUGCAAGUUUGGUCAAUUAGGGCCAAGUAAAGGACAGUUUAAUUCACCACAUGGUUUUUGUCUUGGUCUCGAGGAGGAUAUCAUUGUAGCAGACACGAACAAUCAUCGUAUUCAAGUAUUUGAGAAAACGGGUACGUUCAAAUUCCAGUUUGGCAUUCCAGGUAAAGACGAAGGUCAGCUGUGGUAUCCGCGCAAGGUGGCGGUAAUGCGCGCGAGUGGUAAGUACGUGGUGUGUGACAGGGGCAACGAACGUUCGCGCAUGCAGAUAUUCACUAAGAACGGCCACUUUGUCAAAAAAAUUGCAAUUCGUUACAUCGAUAUCGUGGCCGGAUUGGCGGUGACAGCCCACGGUGAGAUUGUGGCCGUAGACAGCGUUAGUCCCACUGUAUUUGUUAUAUCAGAGAAUGGUGAUCUUCUGCGUUGGUUUGACUGCAGCGAUUACAUGCGCGAGCCUAGCGAUAUAGCUAUACAUGGCAAAGAGUACUACGUCUGCGAUUUCAAGGGUCACAAUGUGGUCGUUUUCAGCGAAGAUGGCGCUUUCAUUCGUCGAAUAGGUUGCGAGAAUUUAACCAACUUUCCGAAUGGGAUAGACAUUUCAGACGCCGGUGACGUCCUAAUAGGUGAUUCUCAUGGGAAUCGCUUUCAUGUGGCGGUAUUUUCCCGUGACGGUUCUCUUAUAUCUGAGUUCGAGUGCCCCUACGUGAAGGUUUCUCGUUGCUGUGGUUUGAAGAUUACGUCUGAAGGUUACGUGGUGACGUUGGCUAAAAAUAAUCACCAUGUUCUUGUACUGAAUACCCUGUACAUCUUGUAGAGCGACUACUAAAGAGCAGGUCGCACUAUAACUGCCCAGCAGUACAGCAGCUGAGCGCAAAUAUACACAAGAGCUUCGCGCUGUUUAACGGCCUGUUACGAAGAAGCCUUGACUAUGUUUUCCCGUUGGAAUUAUACUGUUAGAGCAAACAAAAAAAAAAUAAGGCAUUUGAAGUGUUUUUCUGUUUUUAAAUGUAUGGUAUCGUAUUUUUAUAAAGAGAGCUCCUUGGGUACAUUUCGGUGAAUGAGAAGAUGGGACGAAAUGGACCGAUAUGGAGUUCACAAAAAAAAUAUAUUAAAACAAUCAAACACGUUGGUUUUUACGCCCGACUACUAUUACUAAUAUUAUUAAUUAAUAAUUGUACCUUACAGAUAUAUCCUCUAUACUCUGCUUAACCAAUUUAUGAGAAAAGUUGUUGCAUUUUAGUUUACCAUCCGAAUGUCUGUCGUGCAAAUGUUGUGCGACGUGCGUGCGAAGACGGCCGUGCGUGAUCGCUGUUUUUAAUUAUUCUUAUUACCAUUAUUCAUAAUUAUGAAGGUAACAUCGUCUUUUACUGUCUGGCGGUACGGUUUUUCGGUCGUUUAUGCGUGCGCACGCGCACAUAAUGCGUUGUACUUGCGCGUAUACAGCGAAUGUUUACACGUAGUGAUUUACCCGUAUUGUAUUGAUUUGUUAUAUUUACCCUCUCGUCUACGGCAGUUUUACCGGUUUUAAAUGUGGCCAAAAUUAAGGCACCGUCAAAUCGUGUUUACACAUUUACCCGAGAUAUAGUAAAAUAUUGUAAUAUGUAUUUGAAAUUUUCUACCGUAUAUCGACUUUUGUUCUACAAAUGUGGUUAUUCAGGGUUUCGUGCAGACUUUAGCUGCUUAUUUUUGGAUGAUGUUUAAUUUAUUUAAAAUGUACUGAGGUUGUUUAAUUUGUGUUAUUUGGUUUUUCGAAUAAAUAUUAAAAAAGUA